AGUGCAGCCAUAAUGGCAUGGAGCUGGAAUAAGCGGAUACAGAAAUACACAGGUACCUGAUACUGAAGUUGUUUUUCCCAACAUUUUAUGUGCUGUACUGUAACCUACCUAAGAGGAUCACGGGGAAAACUGUGUGUUAAAGGGUUAAAUGUCAUAAUUAUUUGCUAAAUACUUGACCAAAUGGGAACACCAGUGAAGAGGAAUCUCCACAGCCUGGUUGGAGAUAAGAUGGAGAGCCCUGAAGGCCUCAGUCUGCUCAUUAAUUUGCAGCAGAGCGCGUCGUCGGAUGCUGCGCCUCCGCUCAUCGCUGCCUCCACUGCGCAGCCGCACUUUCUCCAGGACGCAGAGCCCGAAGAGGGAGACAGAAAAAUGGCCCUCGAUAAUUUAAUUUUCGCCCAAUGCAUCCUUUACUUUUUAGCCUUCGUGUUCGGUUUCAUCGCCGUGGUGCCUCUUUCGGAGAACACGGAGGAUUUUGGAGGGAAAUGCCUGCUGUUCACGCGGGGUAUGUGGCAAAAUGAGAACAUCACUGUGUCGAAGCAGCGCUUCAUCGUGGAGGAGUGGGGACCCGAGUCCUCCUGCAGCUUCAUCACUUUUGUCGGGAUAGCGUCCCUCAUCCUGUCCGCAGUGCAGGCUUGGAGACUGCUGUUCUUCCUGUGCAAAGGACACGACGACUCCAUCUUCAACGCCUUCCUCAACCUGCUGAUCAGCUCCCUCGUGGUGUUCACAGUCUUCCUGUCCAGCACCAUCGUCAGUGUGGGUUUCAACCUGUGGUGUGACUCCAUUACUGAGGGCGGGACUAUGCCCAGCAGCUGUGAGGACCUGCAGGACACUGACCUAGAACUCGGGGUGGACAACUCUGCUUUCUACGACCAGUUUGCUAUAGCUCAGUUCGGCCUGUGGGCUGCCUGGCUCACCUGGCUUGGGAUCGCAGUGAUGGCCUUCCUGAAGGUCUACCACAACUACAGACAAGAGGACCUGCUGGACAGCCUGAUCCACGAGAAGGACCUGCUGCUCGGCCGCUCCUCAAGCCGCAGCUCUGACCUCAAGACCGGCCUCAUCUAGAAAACCAGAGGACGCACAAACACACACACACAUGCUCACAAAAAUCGUACAGUCCUCUCGCCUGCCAUGAGAAACACCAAUGUUUGCCUAUGUAGACAAUCAAAAUCAAUUGGCUUUUGCUCCCAUUGACCAUGGAUUGAAGCAAACUGAAGGGUUUCGCUUUGUUCUCGAAAGGUAAUUGAUUUCCCCUCAAAAAAAAUCCACCAAUGGUUGUUAAUCCUUGAAGAGUCCUGCUUUAUUGAGUUCAUCCAUCCACUGUGUGUGCAUUUCUCUUCAAGACACACAACAAUAGGCUAGUUAAGCUCUGAUAGUAUUAAAACCAUUUAAUGGAACCCCAGUUUUUCUUAAAUCAUGAAUUUCUAUUCAGUAAAACAGUAUUAAUGGCUUGGACAGAUUGUCUGAUGGAUCAUGUUGUCUUUGUGAAACUUCUGCAUGGACCUAAUGCAUGACAAAUUAAUACGGUGGUUUUUAGAUGUAAAGGGAUGUUAUUUUGUUUUAUACACCAAUAAAUGUGUUCAUUUCUUCCUGGUAGGGUCCGCACUGCGUCACGGUGAAGCGAGAACUCUUUGCAUGCUGCAGCAAAGUAAAAUGAUGUGUGCUUUUGCAGUGUAUUCACACUUUUAUCAACAGUUAUAAAAAGGUGUUUUGUAAAGACAAAAAAAAAAAGAAGUUCAGAACAUUCAUGUAUUGGGCAGCCUGUCCAAAAAAUGCUUUUAGCGACUUGUGUGAGAUAAAUAACAAAUCCUAUCUUGUGCCAUAUAGUAACUCAGGCUUCUCCUUCACACUCUAUAGGCUACAAACCUAUAUACUGUAUUACUGUGAAUAGACGCACAAAUAUGCCUGCAUGCAUCUCUCUCCCUGUUACGUACACAUCACGCACUCAGUUAUUGUCAGAGAUUACAGGAAGGAAGCAAGUCACCUGCUUGACUUUGAUAGGCAAUGACAGUUUUAUUUAAAACAAUUGAAAUCAUAAAACGGUAGGAACUAAGAAAACCCUCCAUAAAGGCACUUCUUUCAAAGUGACCAUAAAUGUUAUUUGGACAGCUGUGAAAUGCAGCUACUGAGCUAAAUGUGCAUAUACAGGACAUGAGUUCACUGGGUAUUGUUUUAUUGCUAAUGACAAUUUAGUUUGACAGUACAGAGUCAAGAGUAUUUCUUCUUAUACAGGUGUUAUUAGCCUCAUAUUGCUUUGACAUUCAAAUGUGAAACCUCAAAAAUCCUACGCUUUCCUUUGAGUUCCCUGAAACCUGUUAUAUAAAGAACAAUGUUUUACUGGAA